UGACUUUUCCUUCUUUCCAAACACGGGAAAAAAAAUGGACAGCCAAAGUAAACACACUAUCAGCAGCCGCCUGCAAGCCGUAAAGCAAAAAUCUGGCAAAUCCUACAAUCAAAUAGCCGAAGAAACCGGCUUAACCAACGUUUACGUGGCUCAGCUCCUCAAACGCCAGGCUCAGCUCAAGACUGAAACCGCUCCUAAGCUAAGGGCAGCCUUGCCCGAAUUGCCUGAGGAGCUUCUCCAUGAGAUGAUGAAACCACCGUUACGGUCCUAUGAUCCGAACCUUAUCCAAGAACCCACUGUUUACAGGUUGAAUGAGGCAGUGAUGCAUUUUGGUGAGAGCAUAAAGGAGAUUAUCAAUGAAGAGUUUGGUGAUGGGAUCAUGUCAGCUAUAGACUUCUACUGCUCUGUUGACAAAGUUAAAGGCGUGGACGGGAAAGACCGUGUUGUCGUCACAUUUGAUGGAAAGUACUUGCCGUACAGUGAACAGAAAUCUGAGCAUAUGGUUUCAAGAUUAAGGCUGCAAUGAAAGCUGAUGAACAGCCAUAUCCUGUAACCUUGGAGCUUCUUGUUGAAAGGAAAACAAUAAAACUUGGUUUGUAUAUUCAUUUAUUAUGUUACUCGAACUAUUUAUUUUUCUGUCUCCGAACAUGCUCCGGCAUAUAUCCGGACAUGUAUUGGAUAUACUCGUGUUUGACAUUAAUUUUGGAGUUCAAAUAAACAUGUCACAAGUUUUUCAGUGGCAUUAAAUUAUCAUUUGCAA